CGCCGGCACGAUGGCCGGUGGGCGAACCUAUUUCAUUUAACACACUUUGUUUUGAUCAUUUUAACCGUGAAAACUCGUGCGCAGAAAAAAUCACUGUCAACACUGGAUUAAAUAAUAACGUUUUAACUUAGAUCAAAGACUCUAGCAUCACUUUUCCAUAGGCUAUUGACAGUUCAUAUACUGUUGAUUGCGCAUUUGUUCUAACCGCCAUUCUCAGCGAUCGAAACUUUGAUUUCCGGAUUGAAUGGUUUACCUUUACAAAGUUUUUAGAAGAACUCGUAGAUUAUUGAUGAUUGUAAAAAUAAAUUCGACGAUUUUAAGUGAUGUCAUUUUUCAAGUAGUGCAUUUCCUGUUUUAAACCCGGCAUUUCAACUUUCAAGGACAUGUGACUCUUAUCCGAUUUCUACUCUACCGACAUUUUUUGUGGGUCAUGCCAAAGAUCUUUGGUCAUGCUAAUUCCAGAUGAUAUGCCAAACUAAAAGUUUGGAAAAAUAAAAAGAAGUGAACAAAUUUUAAUUGGUAUAUAAUCUACACCCAAAUUUGAGAAAAUAUUCUUGUUAUGAUCAAAUUCUAUUUUUGAUAUGAUGGUUGCCACCUUACCGACCGAGUGAUUGAUGUAUCGAAGUUUUUUAAUAACUGCUGAGUGUGAAGUUGAAUCUGAUAAUAUUUACAACUUAUAAAAAAAGGUUCUUUUUAUCAUUCUGCAGAAAAUUGACGACGGAAUGAAUACAUUUUAAUACUUUUCACAUAUGCGAAUAGAAAUCAUUCUACAGUUGUAAAUAUGGAUUAAAAGAUUAAAAGUAAAAGUGCUUACUUGGAGGUUACAACACGUUUACUUCAUCAAACGUUUUUUAUUUAAUACUUUUUUGUGGACAGUAAUCGAAUAUUAUUGUUACUUUUCCACAACAAGUGCGUAUAUUGACUUCGUGAUUGCAAAUUUUAAAAAAUAAUGACGAUUAAAAUCUUUCUACGCGAAAUCUCUGAAUUUUUUAAACUUUCAAAAAAGCUCGAAAAUUUCCUUCACGGUUCGGCUUAAAAGAGGCAAACAUACUUUGGAAAAUAUUUUUAAUAUAAUUAAUACAAAAUGCUCAAUGCAAGAAGAAUGUUAUACACUGUUGUAAAACACUCUACCGACCUCACUUACAGCAAAAUGCUGAGGCGGUAUAAAGUUAGGUUAUGUUUUUCACAAAUCAUCGGCUUUCAAAGCAGGCUAGAAUUUUCAACUAUUCAUAAAUUAAUCAAUUUAAAUGAGAAGGUUUUGGAAAGUAAAAAAAUUGAUCCGCGAGUGCAAAAGUGGGAAGACAAAUUAUUAUAUUCUGAUUACGUAUUGACUAAAUCAUUAAAGUUUGGAUACAAACUAAACAGAAGGAUUGAGGUUCAAAUGGAACGAAAGAUAGCUUUGAGAAGGAAACAAGAACUUAUGAGUGCUCCUGCUUUAAGCAUUGCCGCCAAGUAUUUAAUUGAUGAUCAAGAGCCUUCCAAGGAUAAAUAUGAAAAUUCGAAAGCAGAAGUAAAAGAAGAGGCUCCAAAACCUAUUUAUAUGCCCUAUGCUGCCAGGGAUGCUUUUAAAAGUGUAAACGUAACAGAAACACCUGAAGUUGAAGAUGAACCUAUUUUAAAUGAGAAAUUUAAAGUACUAUAUGAAAAAUAUUUAGAGGCAAUGCAGAAUCCAGAAAACGAAAGCCAAGAAAACAAAGACAAACUUCAAGUACGAUUGGGAGAUGAUUUAUCCAAAGUUCCACCAACUUGGAUGACUGAUUAUGAAACAUUCGACGACAUAUUUGAGGAAGAAUCUUGGGAAGCACGCUAUGGUACACCAGAUCCAGAUUCAAAAGUCAGUUCAAUCCCCUGUGGAGGAUGCGGUGCAUUGCUUCACUGCAAAGAUUCCGAAAUCCCUGGUUACCUGCCCUCGGAAUUAUUUAAAGGCCAGCGAAAUGACGUACUCCAAUCCCUCAUAUGUCAGCGAUGCCACUUUAUGAAAUACUACAACACCUCUCUCGAUGUCAAAGUAUCUCCGGAAGAGUAUCCAAAAUUGCUAGGUGUCAUCAAGGAAAAAAAGUGUGCGGUCAUUUUAAUGGUUGACCUCACGGAUUUUCCGGGCAGCAUUUGGCCCGACAUAAGUUCUCUCAUUGGCCGUCGAACUCCCGUUUUCGUUGUCGGUAACAAGGUUGAUUUGCUGCCGCAGGAUUCUCCGCGAUUUCUUGAUCACGUUAAUCAAUCUUUGUUGAAUGCGAUUUGUGAGACAGGCAUCAAACAGAAGAAUAUCAAACAUGUCGGACUUGUUUCGGCAAAAUCUGGAUAUGGAGUCGAGGAACUUAUUAAUAAGCUACAGAAUUUGUGGAAAUAUCGAGGAGAUGUGUAUCUCAUCGGAUGCACAAACGUAGGAAAAUCUUCAUUAUUCAAUGCGUUGAUACAGUCAGAUUACUGUAAAGUUCAAGCAGUUGAUCUGAUGCAACGAGCAACAACUUCUCCAUGGCCAGGAACGACUUUGAAUCUGCUUAAAUUUCCAAUCACCAAUCCAUCCCCUUGGCGACUUUUUGAAAGAACGCAGAGACUCCAAGCCGAAAGGAAAUCUAAUGUAGCUGAGCAACGAUUACGCGUACAUCAGCUAAAUGUUUCGAGAAACAUUCAGUAUGCUACGCUCCAAGGAAGAAUCGGAAGAACUUUCAAGGUUCCAAGAAAGAGAGGAGUUCGCGAAGACUUUUCCGUGGGGUCUCAUAAAUUGAUGACGGGAAAAAAAUUCGGUGUCGACGAAAACUCGGAUUAUUUUAAAUUCGGGAGAUGGUGCUAUGACACACCCGGUACAGUUCAAGCCGAUCAAAUAUUGCAUCUUUUGACCACUGAUGAAUUGAUGAAGACUUUGCCAAAGACAAUCAUUUCCCCUAGGACAUUUCUCCUUCACAGGGGUCAAACUAUUUUUCUUGCUGGAAUGGGCAGGCUCGAUUGUUUGAAUGUUCCAUCCUUCUUAAGGAUUACAGUUUUUUCAAGCAAAGAACUGCCCAUAACGAUAUGUGAAACGAUUUGGGCAGAUGAAAUAUAUCGUGAACUUUUAGAAACUGAGGCUUUCGGUGUUCCUAUCAACAAUCCUGAACGACUGAAACUUUGGCCCGAGUUGCAAUCAAAGGAUAUGGAAGUCCUAGGACUUUACGAAGACGAAUCUGCUGCGGAUGUUAUACUUUCUAGUGCUGGUUGGAUGGCAAUUACAGCACUGCAGGGAGAACAAGUUUCUCUAAGAGCCUGGACGCCAGAAGGCAGAGGUUUGUUCUUAAGGACGCCUGCUCUUUUGAGAAAGUCUGUAACUCUUCGAGGCGUAAGAAUCAGAAACUCCCCAGCCUACAAGAGUGGAAAACGUGUUUACACCAAACCGGUGCAUUUUUGAGAUAACUUUUGUUUUGUAAAUAUGUAUAUAAUACAAUGUUUAGUACGAGGUGUGAAGAAUAAACCCCAGUUUCUAUUAUA